AUGGACAUCAUGGACGAGUCCGCCUCGGCAGUUUUCGUGCUGCAAGCAGACUUCGACGUGGUCUACAGCUCCUGGACAGAAGCUCUUGACCAGCUACGAGCUCGCUUGGUCCGCGCCUGCAUGGGAUUCACAGAGCAGCUGCAGCGGAUCAGCGUCGAUCUGGAGUGGGGCGUGGCCCGGGUUGGCGAGCAAGGUGUGGCCGUGGAGAUCCAUCGCCAGCACCUGCUGGUCGCGCGUGAGAGGCUCUCCGCGUUGGAAGCGGAGCUGACUGGUGUGCGCCUGGUCUUGGCUUGCGUCUGCGCGCUGUUGCUGCAGCUCUGUCGUGGUGUUUGGGAACUGCACUUCGGCGCAGUUCCAAAACAAGGACUCCCUGCACUCUGGAGCGUUCGCGCUACUGCUGCUGCCAAGAGCCUGCGGUGGAGAUCUGAUUUUACAAGACCACCGUCGUCGGCCGCAGCAGCUGUUGUCUCGAGUGGCCGGACUGUGCCUAGCUCUGUGCGCAUGGCCCGGCCGGGGAGGUUUGCGCUGAAGACGUGGCGGAAACGCCGUCGCCUGGUGGCGCGUCUGGCCCGCCUACGGAUCCUCGUAGGGGAAGCCAACUCGGAGCUCGAGGAUCUGGAGCACGCCGCUUUUUUCAACCUUUACUCCUGGUUAGACACUCCUGUGGAUGCCGUGGAGGAGAGCGAGUAUUAUAGAAGGAAGCACGUGGAGAAGAAGGAGCUGGCAAGGCUGGACGCCUCCCCGAAGGACAAGAAGGCCGCCGUCCGUGACUCCGGACUGAGUGGGCUCGCUGCUUCCCCCGAGAAAGCUGCCUCGGAGAAGGCAAGGCAGUUUGAAGGCUUGCUAGACAGUUUCAAGCAAACAGACUUGGAGCCCGGCGCCGCAACGGAGCUCUUGGCGCUGUUGGAACAGCAGACUGUCUUCGGGCCGGACCAGGUGCAGUGUCUGGCAGAAGCCCUUGCAGACACCGCGCCCGAGUCUCCAAGAGACAAGCCAACCUGCAAGAGCAAAAAAGACAGAAGGCCGCUGCAAGACUACUCCUACGUUUUCAGGUACUGCACCCCAGACCUUUGGACUGCUCUGCAAGACCCCGGCCUCAGGGACUUCAAGAAGCUUGACCUGCUGGCAGCGCACUGCGCCAAGCUUGGUUUGCGGUGCCCAAGUGAGUUCACGGCGCAGGUGGUUACUUGGUACUUCUUGCUCUACGGUAGCGACCACGUGCCGCUGCACGACGCCGUGGCCGUUCACCAGCAGUACCUGUCCGUCAAGUCGGCUCUGCAGAGGCACGGUCGCGCAGCACAAAUUGCUAUGAGCAUGCUGCCGCAUCUGAAGGCCCUGCCGCCGAAUCCUUCCGAUUUGGACCCGGCCUGGUACAGUCAUUGCUUCAACAAGGCAGCGCCCGCAAUAGCACCCUUCGAGGACACCGAUCUGAGAAUGAACGCGCUGGGCGCGCCUGCCCGGGGAAGUAAUUCUUGGCUGCGGAUGCAGCAGCGCAGCGCUUCGUGGGCGCCGUUGCAGG